GGUCAUAAAACGUGGGUCAUUUUGAUAGUAACAGUUUUAUGAUGACAUUAUAAAACUAAACAUGAGUACCAUACCAUUGCCAAGCCACUUGUGUUCUCUGUUUCUUCUUCCUCUCUCUCUCUCUUAAGAACUAAAACAUGUUAGAAAAAGAAAGGAAGAAAAGGUAUGGAAUUUUAAUGUGUGGAGAGGAUUCAGAGUACUUGUUAAAGAGACAUGGAGGUUGCUAUGGUUUCUUCACAAAAAUGUUGGCUGAGGAAGGAGAAACAUGGGAGCUUUACAAAGUUGUUAAUGGAGAAUUUCCUCAAGACGAUGAUGUUUGUUUGUAUGAUGGUUUUAUCAUCACUGGAAGCUGUCAUGAUGCACAUGCCAAUGACCCUUGGAUCCUUAAACUUCUCACUCUCAUUCACACUUUGAAUUCAUUCAACAAAAAAAUUCUUGGCAUUUGCUUUGGCCAUCAGAUAAUUGGGAGAGCAUUAGGAGGGAAAGUUGUUCGUUCUACAGCUGGUUGGGACAUUGAUGUCACUACCAUCAACCUGUUACAAUCAUCUUAUUCAAAUAAACCCCUCAACUUGCCAUCAAAACUUUCACUCUUCCAGUGUCACCGUGAUGAGGUUCGAGAUUUGCCCGACGAAGCCCAGAUUAUUGGUUGGUCAGAAAAAACUGGAAUUGAGAUUUUUAGAUAUGGAGAUAACAUGCUAGGGAUUCAAGGUCACCCUGAAUUCACCAUUGACAUAUUAUUUCACUUUAUUGAUCGUCUCACUCAUCGUAAUUUAAUUCAGGAAGCUUUUGCUUUGAACGCAAAGGUAAAGGCAGCAUUACGGAAGCCAGACUCAGAAGCAUGGAAAACACUUUGUCUCACAUUUCUUAAAGAAUAAUUAUUAUUGUAAUAGUUAUGUAAUUUGUAACAUAUAUUGAAGAAGGCAUGUAGAAGAAAAAUACUAAAUAGCUAUGACCGUUGUAUUGAUGUUCUUGUAACACUAUACAAAAAUGAGAAAAUAAAAUCAAAUUGAAAGAUGAAGGUUUUUAUUAAAAUAA